AUGAAGAUCAGUCUAUUUAUUAUCUUAGUCUAUUCAUUAUCUAUCUCAGUCUAUCCAUUUUCUAUCUAUCUAUCUAUCUAUCUAUCUAUCUAUCUAUCUAUCGCAAUAUCUAUCUAUCUAUCUAUCUAUCUAUCUAUUCAUUAUCUAUCUAUCUAUCUAUCUGUUCAUUAUCUAUCUAUCUAUCUAUCUAUCUCAGUCUGUUCAUUAUCUAUCUAUCUAUCUAUCUAUCUAUCUAUGUAUCUCAGUCUGUUCUAUUAUCUAUCUAUCUAUCUAUCUAUCUAUAUCUAUCUAUGUAUCUCAGUCUGUUCAUCUAUCUAUCUAUCUAUCUAUCUAUCUCAGUCUGUUCAUCCAUCCAUAUCCAUCCCAGUCCGUUCAUUAUCUCCAUUCAUCUAUCUAUCUCAGUCUGUUCAUUAUCCAUCCAUCCAUUAUCUAUCUAUCUAUCUAUCUCAUCCAUCCAUCAUCUAUCUAUCCAUCCAUCUAUCAUAUCUCAGUCUGUUCAUUAUUAUCUAUCCAUCUAUCUAUCUCAGUCUCCUAAUCCAUCUAUCCAUCAUUCAUCAUUAUCUAUCCAUCCAUAUCUCAGUCUGUUCAAUAUCAUCCAUCUAUCUAUCUAUCUAUCUCAGUCUGUUCAUUAUCUAUCUAUCUAUCUCCAUCUAUCAUUAUCUAUCCAUCUAUCUAUCUAUCAUCUAUGUUCAUCAUCUAUCUAUCCUAUCUAUCUCAGUCUGUUCAUUAUUCAUCCAUCUAUCUAUCUCAGUCUGUUCAUUAUCUAUCUAUCUAUCUAUCUAUCAGUCUGUCUGUUCAUUAUCUAUCUAUCAUCUAUCCUAUCUAUUCAUCUAUCUAUCUAUCUAUCUAUCUAUCUGUCCAGUCUAUCAUUAUCUAUCCAUCUAUCUCAGUCUGUUCAUUAUCUAUAUCAUCUAUCAGUCUGUUCAUUAUCCAUCAUUAUCUAUCAUCUAUCUAUCUGUUCAUCUGUUAUUUUAUCCUAUCUUCUAUUAUUCAUCUAUCUAUCUCAGUUCAUUGUAUCUAUCUAUCUCAGUCUGUUCAUUAUCUAUCUAUCUAUCUAUCUCAGUCUGUUCAUUAUCUAUCUAUCUAUCUAUCUAUCUAUCUCAGUCUGUUCAUUAUCUAUCUAUCUAUCUAUCUCAGUCUGUUCAUUAUCUAUCUAUCUAUCUAUCUCAGUCUGUUCAUUAUCUAUCUAUCUAUCUAUCUAUCUAUCUCAGUCUGUAUCUAUUGUCUGUUGUUAUCUAUCUAAUCUAUCUCAGUCUGUUCAUUUUUUAUUUCUAUUAUCUAUCUAUCUCCAUUCAUCUAUCUAUCUCAGUCUGCCAUUAUCUAUCCAUCCAUCUAUCUCAUCCAUCUAUCUAUCUAUCUAUCUCAGUCUGUUCAUUAUCCAUCCAUCUAUCUAUCUCAGUCUGUUCAUUAUCUAUCUCAGUCUGUUCAUUAUCUAUCUAUCUAUCUCAGUUUAUUAUUCAUCUAUCCAUCUAUCCAUCUAAAUAUCUCAGUCUGUUCCAUCUAUCUAUCUAUUCAUCUAUCUCAGUCUGUUCAUUAUCUAUAUCAUCAUUCAUCCAUCUAUCUCAGUAUGUUCAGUCUAUCCCCAUCUAUCUAUCUAUCUAUCUAUCAGUCUGUUCAUUAUCUAUCUAUCUAUCUAUCUCAUCUGUUAUCUCAGUCUGUUCAUUAUCUAUCUAUCUAUCUAUCUCAUCUCAUCUAUCAUCUAUGUUCAUUAUCUAUCUAUCUAUCUAUCUAUCUCAGUUCAUUAUUAUCUGUAUCUCAGUCUGUUCAUUAUUCAUUCAUCUAUCUCAUCUAUCUCAGUAUGUUCAUUAUUCAUUCAUCUAUCUAUCUCAGUCUGUUCAUUAUCUAUCUAUCUAUCUAUCUCAGUCUGUUCAUCUAUCUAUCUAUCCAUAUCCAUCAUCUAUCUAUCUCAUAUCCAUCUAUCUAUCUAUCUCAGUCUGUUCAUUAUCUAUCCAUCUAUCUAUCUCAAUCUGUUCAUUAUCUAUCUAUCUAUCAUCCAUAUCUCAGUCUGUUCAUUAUCUAUCCAUCCAUCUAUCUAUCUCAUUAUCCAUCCAUCAUUAUCAUUAUCUAUCUAUCUAUCCCAGUCUGUCUGUUCAUUAUCCAGUCCAUCAUUCCAUCCAUCCAUCCGUCCAUUAUCCAUCUAUCCCAUCUAUUCUGUUCAUCUAUCUAUCUAUCUCAUCUGUUCAUUAUCUAUCUAUCUAUCUAUCUCAGUCUGUCCAUCUAUCCUAUCUAUCUAUCUCAUCUCAUCUAUCCAUCAUCUAUCUAUCCAUCUCCAUCCAUUCCAUUAUCUAUCCAUCCAUCCAGUCCCAGAGUCCAUUAUCUAUCUAUCCAUCAUCCAUAUCCAUCCCAGUCCGUCCAUUCCAUCCAUCCAUCCAUCCCAGUCCGUUCAUUAUCCAUCCAAUCCAUCCAUCCAUCCGUUAUCCAUCAUCCAUCCAUCCAUCUAUCUAUCCAUCUAUCUCAUCCAUUCCCAUCCAUCUAUCUAUCCAUCCUCAUCUGUUCAUCA